AUGUAUACCUUCGCUUUCCUCCACUUCACUAUUCCCGAACUCGUAUUCGCUGACUCCGGUGUCACGACACGAUAUUGGGAUUGCUGCAAGCCGUCCUGCGCAUGGAGCAACAAAGCGCAAGUCUCUCAGCCCGUCCUGACUUGCAACAAACAAGAUCUGGGGCCCAAUCCAUUCAACCCAGAUGCCCAGUCUGCUUGCGGUGGUGGCGACGCAUACACUUGCAGCAAUAACGGACCCUGGGCAGUGAACGACAAUCUUGCAUACGGGUUUGCUGCGGCGAAGUUGGCUGGGAAGGGGGAGCGGGAUUGGUGCUGUGCUUGUUAUGAGCUUAUCUAUACUUCGACUUCUAUUGCGGGUAAGAAGAUGAUUGUGCAAAUCACCAAUACUGGCGGGGAUCUUGGAGCAAAUCACUUCGACAUCGCGAUGCCUGGCAGUGGCGUCGGCCAGUUUCCUGAAGGAUGCGCGAAGCAAUUCAAUGGAGCGUGGAUGGGCGACCAAUACGGCGGGUACAAGUCGAGAAAUGACUGCUAUAACCUUCCCGCCGGCCAAUUCCGAGACGGGUGCUUCUUCCGGUUCGACUGGUUUCAGAACGCCGAUAAUCCGAAUGUGGACUUCAGGGAAGUAAGCUGCCCACAAGCUAUGAUCGAUAGGACGGGGUGUGGGCGGUAG